AGCCCUGCCCAGCGUCUCCAGAGCUGCCAAGGUAACUGACCUGCUAGGCCAUGGCGUCCCUCGGGAGUGGGAGCUGGAGUGGCGCCCCGCCGCAGAGCGCAGCCCCUACGCCCUGGGUGACCAUCUUGCAGCCCUUUUCUUGGACGGUCCCAUCUCCCGUGCCUCAGCCUAACAGAGUCAAGGAAGACCUGCUGGAGCUGAUGCUGCUGCAGAACGCACAGAUGCACCAGCUGCUGCUGAGUCAGCUGGUGGCCGGGGCGCUGAACCCAGAGCCAGAGUGGCCCAGCCCACAGGUCUGUACAGACAGCCAAGAGGAGCAGGUGGAGGAAGAGGCGGAGACGCCGGAGCAAGAGCCUUUGGUGUUCCACCAUCACUAUUUGCCUUGUCCAGUGGCCUCCUUGGGCACCAUGUCGCUCUGGCCAGCCUCCUUCCUCCCUAUGCCCCCACACCAGCCUCCCCGGCAGGGUGCACCCAGGAUUCAGCGCCAGCCCCCUGCCUCCAGGCAAAGGGAGGUGAGAGACGUGCCCCCACCACCACCCCCCAGUGCCACGGGGACUGUUGGUGCAGACAUACCACCAGCUUCAGGUAGGGGCUGGGAGGGUUGCCAGCGGGCAGACUAAGAUGUCAGCAGGGCCAUGUGCCCUGUGGAUGGGGGCUUUUGCCAACCACGUCUCCAGGCUCAGCCUUGGGGUCCGCCAAGGUGGGACGGAGCAGGCUGAGGGUUCUGUCUCCCUAGACUACUACGAUGCUGAGAGCCUGCCAUGAAGACAAAUAUUCAUCAGGCCUCGCCAGCUUCCGCACGGUGCUGCCAAAACCCUGGAACAACACUGCACCCAUGCUGGAGCCCUUCUUAGCCUCUCUGCCCAGCUAAGCCCUCUCAUCAGGCUCUCCACUCCACUGCCAUACUGAGCUGGCUGUUCUGGAGUAAGAGCUCCCUUAAGCCCCACCAGGACCCGGAAGUUACAUAAACCCAAUUGAUCUAUGGUUUCCCCACCUGGACCAGGUGGGGACCACCUGGAACCAGAGCCCCAUCUGGUCUCUGCCCCUUGCUCCUCUCUCUGGGGUGAUGAAGGCUGUGUACCAUCACCCUUGGGCCUGGAAUAGGGUGAGAGAGAAAUGGAUGGCUUGGAUCUCCAAACUCCUGAAGGCCCCAGAGGGCAGCAUGGUUGAGGAGAGGCCCAGUUCAGGAGGCCCCAGCAGCUGCCUCAGCUCCUUUGAACCUCCUUUCAUUGUUGGCAGAAAGGAGAGUCAGGGCUGUGUCCUGAUCCAACCAGAAACAGCGUGAGGUCCCUGGGGCCAGGUCCAAUCAGAAUGCCCUCCAUCUCAUGGGACCUCAGGAAGAA